GUUAGCGGCGUCUCCGUCGCCAUGGAGACCAGGAGCUCCAGCGCACCGAGGUCUUCAGCGUCCCCGACCUACGAGUGCCCGGGGACGAUGUGGCCGCCAGCUUCGCCACCGGCCGGGUCCAGCAGCCCCAGCCAACCCACCUGGAAGUCCUCCUUGUCUUCCUCUCUCGCCUGCUCCGAGGGCUUCCCCCACAGCUUCGCAGCCAGGCCGCGCCGCCUCACGCAGCUCGAGCUCGCGCCGCGCCCGGAGCCGCAGCUGCUUCGUCUGCGCCCCUCCUCGCUGCGCACCCAGGACAUCUCCCACUUGCUCACCGGCGUCUUCCGCAACUUGUACUCGGCCGAGGUCAUCGGCGACGACCUGAGCGCAAACUUGAUCAAGGCCCGCGGCAGCGACAAUGAGCGCCACGAGGAGUUCGUGGACCAGCUGCAGCAGAUUCGGGAGCUCUAUAAGCAGCGGCUGGAUGAGUUUGAAAUGUUGGAGAGACAUAUCACUCAGGCCCAAGCACGGGCUAUUGCGGAAGAAGAGCGGGUCAUGAGCCAGGUCAGAGUACAGGACCUUGAGAGCCUCGUCAAGUUGCCUCCAGUGAAGACGGUCUUCAGAUGGUGUGUAGACAGCGAAUUGCUGCAGAAACAUGGCCUGAUCUCUCCGGAAGAUUACUACACCGAUAGAGUGCCGUUUCACUCUGCACCUAAAGGCAUCUCUGUACCAGGAUAUUUAAAAAUGACAUUUAGCUGUGAGCAGCAUUCCAUCCCAAAGAAAGAGCUGAACAAGAAGCUUAAAGACUCAUGCAGAAAAAAGCUUGCUAAGCUUGAAGAUGAGUUAGACCACACUGUGGACAGCGUGACAUGGAACUCAACUCCUAAGGCCAAACAAAGGACCAGGGAACCUCUCAAGAAAACAAGUCCACCAAAGAAUAAAAACUGGAUGAGCCACUUACGUGUGCCGCAGAGAGAACUAGACCGACUUCUGCUUGCAAGAAUGGAAAGUCGGAACCAGUUCCUAAAAAACCCCCGUUUUUUCCCUCCUAACACUCCACAUGGAGGCAAGUCUCUUGUUUUUCCUCCAGAGAAGCCAACACGGAUAGGAGAAUUCCAGAGAACAGAACCAGAACAGAGUUGUGCUGAUACUCCAGUGUUUCUAGCUAAGCCACCAAUUGGCUUUUUCACAGAUUAUGAAAUUGGACCAGUUUAUGAGAUGGUAAUCGCACUGCAGAACACCACCACAACCAGCCGCUACCUGCGAGUCCUCCCACCUUCCACUCCAUACUUUGCUCUAGGACUGGGGAUGUUCCCAGGAAAAGGUGGAAUGGUGGCUCCUGGAAUGACCUGCCAGUACAUUGUCCAGUUUUUUCCCGACUGCCUUGGGGAUUUUGAUGAUUUUAUUUUAGUGGAGACCCAGUCAGCCCACACGCUUCUGAUCCCCUUGCAGGCCCGGAGGCCACCCCCCGUGCUGACAUUGUCACCAGUGUUGGACUGCGGUUACUGCCUCAUUGGGGGAGUCAAGAUGACCAAAUUCAUCUGCAAAAAUGUGGGAUUCAGUGUUGGCAGGUUCUGCAUUAUGCCCAAAACGAGCUGGCCAGCACUAAGUUUCAAGGCCAUUGCAACCGCCGGCUUUGUUGAGCAGCCUCCUUUUGGAAUCCGGCCUUCGGUGUUUGAGCUGGCCCCGGGACAUGCUGUGUUAGUGGAGGUUUUGUUUUUCCCAAAGAGCCUAGGAAAGGCGGAGCAGACCUUCAUCAUUGUGUGUGACAACUGCCAGAUAAGGGAGCUGGUGGCCGUAGGAAUUGGGCAGCUGAUUGCUUUGGAUCUGAUCUAUAUUUCUGGCGAAAAAAGUCAACCGGACCCUGGAGAGCUCACAGACUUAACAGCCCAGCACUUCAUACGAUUCGAGCCUGAAAACCUUCUGUCCACAGCUAGGAAGCAGCUGGUUAUUAGAAACGCUACGCAUGUGGAGCUGGCCUUCCACUGGCAGAUCAUGAAGCCCAACCUGCAGCCCCUCAUGCCUGGAGAAACCUACAGCAUGGACAGCAUCAAAUGCCACCCUGACAGGGAGACCGCCUUCUCCAUCAUGCCCAGAAAGGGGGUUCUCGGCCCCCACACAGACCACGAGUUCAUCCUGAGCUUUUCUCCGCAUGAGCUGAGGGACUUUCACAGCGUGCUCCAGAUGGUGCUAGAGGAAGUCCCAGAGCCCGUGAGUUCAGAAGCGGAGAACCUGGGACACUCCUCCUACCCUGUGGAUGAUGUGAUUGUCCUGGAAAUCGAGGUGAAAGGCUCAGUAGAACCUUUCCAGGUCGUCCUAGAGCCAUAUGCCCUCAUGAUUCCGGGGGAGAACUACAUUGGCAUGAAUGUGAAGAAGGCAUUUAAGAUGUGGAACAACAGCAAGUCACCCAUCAGAUACCUGUGGGGGAAGAUCAGCGACUGCCACGUCAUCGAAGUGGAGCCCUGCACGGGGGUCAUAGAGCCCAGUGAGGUCGAGGAUUUCGAGUUGAACUUUACUGGGGGUGUCCCUGGCCCCACAAGCCAGGAUCUGCUGUGUGAAAUCCAAGGCUCGCCCUCACCAGUGGUGUUACACAUUGAGGCAGCUUUUAAGGGGCCUGCCCUCAUCAUCAGCAUCUCAGCCCUUCAGUUUGGUCUGCUCCGCCUGGGGCAGAAGGCCACAAACUCCAUCCAGAUCCAGAACAUCAGCCCACUCCCAGCCGUGUGGUGCAUGAAGGAGAGCCCAGUCUGCCUCCAAGAAAGGCCUGAGGAUGUUUCUCCCUUCGACAUUGAGCCUUCGAGUGGCCAGCUUCACCCUCUAGGGGAGUGCAGGGUGGACAUCACCUUGGAGGCCCUGCAUUGCCAGCGUCUGCAGACCGUCCUGGAGCUGGAGGUGGAAAAUGGAGCCUGGAGCUACCUUCCUGUGUAUGCUGAGAUACAGAAGCCCUAUGUGUACCUGCAGAGCAGCCAGGUGGAGGUUAGAAAUCUCUACCUGGGUGUGCCCACGAAGAUGACCAUCGCACUUAUCAAUGGCACGCUCCUGCCUACCCAGUUCCACUGGGGCAAGCUCCUGGGGGACCAAGCAGAUUUCUGCAUGGUGACAGUCUCCCCCAGCCAUGGCCUGCUGGGCCCCAGCGAGGAGUGCCAGCUCAGCUUGGAGUUGACUGCUCAUACCCAGGUGAGUAAGGCAAUGUGGAGGCUGAGUGACUGGGAAGGCGUCCUCCAGUUGUAUCACCUGUGCCACCAGGGAGGCCCUACCUUAGGCCACACUGCUGGUUCUUGUGGCUGGAGAAGAGAUUUCUUGCGAUUGGUUCUGGGGUCCCCAUUCCCUAUGGGGUCUGCUCCCUAGGGACACACAGUCAGAGAGCCUGGAGAAGGCCUGGAUGUGCCCUGAGACCCACUGGCCAUGCCUGGCCUUUGGCAUGACCUUUUGCCCUCCCCAGGCCAUUGUCUGUGGCUGCAGGUGGGCCCAGCUUUCUGAGAUCCAGAGCAGAGCUGUUGCUCACAGCAGGCACUGUGCUAGGUACUACUGGGGGAGACUAACUGGUGGCUCAGUUUCCCCCUGGAGUGGACCAGAGGAAGGCCUUCAGGGCAGAAGAUGCUCAGUCCUAGGGCCCUUCCUAGCGAUCCCUUUGUGGUUCUUGUAGAAAGAGAAAUUUCUUCCUUGCAGAGACUGGAGGACUCAUGUCUCAAUUCCCCACCUGCCAAUAUGGGGCUGGCCGGCCUGAGUUCUGGGAUAACAGACAGGCAGGCCCAGGCGGGGAGCAGCUCUUGCUCAGGGAGGGUUUGAUUUCUAUGGUAGCAGCUUCAUCAGAGGAAGUGUGAGCUCCAGAGGCCCCCCUCUGACUCUCUGAGGGUCUCCCUUCAUGCGGGCAGAUAUUUGGGGCAGACUCAGACAGCCAUAAUCCCUGAGGAAAGGGCCAGGCCUCCUGGGGCUGAGGGUGGGCCGACGUCCUGGGCUCACCGGAGGGGCUGGAGAGCUUCUACAGAGAUGAGCCUGGCCAGAGGUCAAGGCUUCGUGUUGAAUCCUCCUUCAGCAAUUCCCUCUGCUGUCAAGACCAUCUGGGCUUACCUCCUGGCCCCGGUCUGACCCCUGGACGGGCUUUCUCA